ACUUUUUUCAACUCGGACGCAUUAAUUAAUUAUCUUGCCGAAUUCUUAUAUGAAUAUGGAUUAAACGGGAAUUUACAGCAGUCUAAAUGUAUUUGUCAAAAUCAAAUGAUUAAAAUCUUGAAUGUCAAACUAAUGAACUAUAAAUUAGUUUUUGACGAAGCUACA